UUGUGUAUGGCGAAUACGAGCGGCGUUAGAAAAGGUGCAUGGACAUAUGAAGAAGACAACUGUCUCAAGGCUUACAUUCUCAAGCAUGGUGUAGGAAAAUGGCAUUUAAUUCCUGAAAGAACAGGAUUGAAUAGGUGUCGAAAAAGUUGUAGAUUAAGAUGGGUAAAUUAUUUAAACCCUUACAUCAACAGGGAGGACUUUUCUAAGGAUGAAGCUGAUUUAAUUUUAAGGUUACACAACCUCCUAGGGAAUAGAUGGACAUUGAUUGCUGCAAGACUUCAGGGUAGAUCAGCUAAUGAUGUGAAAAACUAUUGGAACACCCAUUUGAGAAAAAAUGUUGUUUUAGGAGCAAAAGAAAACACAGAAAAAGAGAAACCUAAUGAAAUCAUUAAAGCUCAUGAUGCUAUUAAAGAGCCUCGGUUGAAUGUUAAACCUAAUCCUGUGACUCAUCCAUUAUUGACUUCAAAAACAUUUGGUGAUGUUUCCAGAGAUCGUGAUGACUCAUCAGACACUAUGGUUCCCGAUCAAAUUGAUUCACAACCAAAUCUAGAUAAUGCCCCGAUACUAUGUUUGCAAUCUGGUUGCUCUUCAUCACAAGAGGGGAAAUAUAAGCUUUUCAAAUGGUUAUGACUCCAUUUGGGAUUCCAAACCUUCUAGAUUUUUGUUCCGUGUGGGAUGUUCAGUUAGCUGUGUAAUGUUCUUAGAUAUACUUUGAGUCUUUUAAUGUUAAUUUUUUUUUUUUCAAUAAGAAUGAUUUGGAUGAGUGAGUAGUAUAU